AACUCUUCUGAUUGGCUAGCAGAUCACCUAGAACGCAACGCUUCCUGGUCAACUACAAAUGGAACAAUCAGUCUUGUUUUAAACCUGAGCUGCGGUGGGAAAAGCCGUCCUGAGGGCUCGAGAUGUUGCCUUCAAGUGAUCGCAGCCUGGCUGUGGUGGUCUUGCUUUGUCUGUGCGCAACAACUGCGACGUGCACGUUUUCCACUCUCAACCAUCUCAAGCCGCAAACCAGCGACAAGACGCAGGGCAGAGCCGUGAUCGCUUUGCUGAGACGCCUGCUCGGGAACAGAUCGACGGAGUUCAUAGUCGUCGUCAACAGGAACCUUUCCAACGACAGCCUGGACGUGUGCGAGCUCAGGUCCACCAAAAACAACAAGGUCGUCGCCACCGGUAACACCGGAGUAGCGGUGGCCUCAGGGAUUUAUAACUACUUGAAAUACUUCUGUAACUGUCACGUUUCCUGGUCCGGUGACCAGCUGGAUCUACCUCGUCCCCUGCCGAAGCUGUCCGGUGUCCUCCGCAUCAACACCCAGCACAGGUUCCGCUACUACCAGAACGUAUGCACUGUGAGCUACUCCUCCGUGUGGUGGGACUGGCCAAGAUGGGAGAGGGAGAUCGACUGGAUGGCGCUGAAUGGAAUCAAUCUUCCUCUGGCUUUUACUGGCCAAGAGGCGCUGUGGCAAGAGGUUUACCGUGCCCUUGGUUUAAACCAGUCAGAAAUUGAGGAGUUCUUCUCCGGACCAGCGUUUCUUGCAUGGAACCGAAUGGGGAACAUGUUCAAGUUCGGGGGACCUCUGCCCCAGUCCUGGCAUGUGAAUCAGCUCUACCUCCAAUUCAACAUUUUGGAGCGAAUGAGAUCUUUUGGCAUGAUCCCAGUGCUGCCAGCCUUCUCUGGGAACAUCCCUGCGGGAAUCCUCAGGUUGUAUCCAGAAGCCAAUGUAACACGGCUGGGACCCUGGGCUCACUUCAACUGCAGUUUCUCAUGCUCCUACAUCCUGGAUCCCCGGGACCCUCUUUUCCUCCAGAUUGGAUCUCUCUACCUGUCCCAGGUGGUAAAGCAAUUUGGCACAGAUCACAUCUACAACACCGACACCUUCAACGAGAUGACUCCGCCUUCCUCAGACGCUGCCUACCUGUCGGCAGUCAGUAAGUCUGUCUUUGCCUCCAUGACUGCAGUUGAUCCUCAGGCAAUUUGGCUGAUGCAGGGAUGGUUGUUUUUCAGUGAUGCAGCUUUCUGGAAGCCUGCCCAGAUUCAGGCCCUACUACAUGGGGUGCCCCUUGGACGGAUGAUCGUGCUAGAUUUGUUUGCAGAAACGGAGCCAAUUUUCUCCUACACUGAAUCUUUCUACGGGCAGCCUUUCAUCUGGUGCAUGCUGCAAAACUUUGGUGGCAACAGCGGCCUUUUUGGCACGGUGGAGAGUAUCAACUCGGGGCCUUUCAAAGCCUUGCACUUCCCCAACUCCACCAUGGUGGGGAUCGGCAUGACGCCGGAGGGUAUUGAGCAGAAUCCCGUCAUGUUCGAGUUGAUGAGCGAACUGGCUUGGCGCAAAGAGCCGGUCAACCUGGCGAAGUGGGCGUCUCUGUAUGCUGUACGUCGUUACGGCUCGACGCAAGACGGGUUGAUUUCCGCGUGGAGACUCCUGUUUUCCAGCGUCUACAACUGCACGAUACCGCACUACCGGAAUCACAACCACAAUCCAUUGGUGCACAGGCCUUCUCUUCACAUGAACACCGACCUUUGGUACGAUCCAGAAGACUUGCUCAAAGCAUGGAAACUCAUCAUGGAGGCGUCACCUUCUCUCAUGUCCAAGGAGACCUUCAGGUAUGAUCUUGUGGACGUGACUCGGCAGAUCUUGGAAGUUCUAACAUCGUCCUUCUACCUGGACAUCACAGAUGCCUUUCGUAAACAGAAGUUGCCAGAACUGCUAAUUACAGGCGGGGUCCUCAUUUACGACCUUUUGCCAGAGCUUAAUCGUUUGCUUUGUAGCGAUCGCAACUUCCUGUUGGGAACGUGGCUGGAGCGUGCUAUGUCGUUAGCUAUUGAUGACAAGGAGGCGCAGCUCUACGACAUGAACGCCAGGAACCAGCUCACUCUGUGGGGCCCCAGUGGAGAGAUCCAGGACUAUGCCAGCAAAGAGUGGGGCGGCCUCAUGGAAGACUACUACGCCCAGCGAUGGGGGCUGUUUGUCCAAACACUUGUGGAGUGUCUGGACAGCGGGCAGCCGUUUAAGCAGGACACUUUCAACCAGGCUGUUUUCCAAAUCGAGAAGGGAUUCAUUUACAAUGGACGCAAGUAUUCCACUAAGCCCCAGGGCGAUACGUACGAGAUCGCCCGUAGGAUCUUCCUGAAGUACUAUCCACAGGCCUUGAAAACCUUGAACAGACCAUCAUGAUUAGCAGAUUUUUAGAAAUUUUAAUAAAUAUGUGACCGCUGCAAGAACAAUAUUCAUUCUAUUGGGAAUAAGUAUGAAGGGAAUCAUGUUUUUGUCAAGUUUAACUCUUUCUGGGAAUGUUUUAAAGGCAGAGGCAAAUCCUUGUGAAUAGGCUUCCUCUUCUGGACGUAUCUGUAUUUUUCAUUUCAUCCAUCCAGCCAUCUUCUUCUGCUUAUCCAAGGUCGGACUGUGAGGGCAUCAGCCUAAGCGAGGAAGUCCAGACUUCCCUCUCGCCGGCUACUUUGUUCAGCUCCCAAAGCAUUCCCAGUUGACAGACAGUCUCUCUAAUGUGUUCUGGGUCUUCCCCAAGGCUUCCUACUGGUCUACCAGUCAGCCAUGCCUCGGGCACCUGUACUUGUACUUGUCACCUUAUCUCUAAGGGAGAGCCCAGUCAAACUCAUUUUGGCCGCUUGUACAGUAAACCUCGGAUAUAUCGGACUCGGAUAUAUCGGAAAUUCACUCACAACGGACAGAUAAAAAAGAACCGAUUUUUCUGUAAUGCAUUUCCAAUAAAAAUUCAUUGCAUAUAUCGGAUUUUUUAUAACGGAUUUCGCCUAUUUCGGACAAAAUCUCCCGUCCCGUUCCAAUGCAUUUCCGUUAAAUUUCCCUCGCAUAUAUCGGAUGGCCGCAUCGUGGCGCUCCGAUUCGCCGAAUCGUGACAGAACGCUAUACGACGUCAUUUGCAGUGUUUGCAGCGUUGCCUGCGCGUCCAGGUACAUUGGAAACAUAGUCAAGGAAGUGCCUUUUUAUAACGGAUAAAAUCCGAUUUACGCAUAUACCGGAUAUAAAUCUGAUAUAUGCGUAAAACGGACAUUUUCCGGUAUACGCAUAUAACGGAUUUCGCUUAUAUCGGACAAAACCAGUGGGAACAAUUGAAUCCGAUAUAUCCGAGGUUUACUGUACCUGCGAUCUUGUGUUUUUGGUCACUACCAAAAUCUCAUGACCGUAGGUGAGUGUAGGAACGUCGAUUGGCUCAGCUUCCUAUGCUUCCGAUGCAGCGUUCAAGUAACUGCAGACGCCGCACCAAUCAGUUUGUACAUCGUGAACAUGACGCUGAGGUACUUAGACUUGUCAUUUCACUCGACUCUUUCUUGGAGUGUUUUUAAACGCAGAAGCAAAACAGAUCCUUUGCUGCCUCGUCUGUGCAGUUUUCAUUCAAGACAUUUCGAAGGAUAGAAUAGAAUAGAAUGUUGUCAUUGCACUAACUACAAAGAGAUUCAAAAAGGCCUGUUUCAGUGUAUAUACAGUAUAAAUACUAAAUAAUAAAACACACUAAAAAUAGAUUACAUACGUACAUUGAUGACUACAGUCAUCUUUGGCUGUACAGCAUUUUUAUGCUUGUUUUGAAAGAAAAUGUUUUUAACCGUGGGAUAGACACUCUGCGUCUUAAGGAUUUUUUUAACCUUGGCAAGCUCAAGUGGACUGAGGUGGGAGGCAAGGUUCAUUCCACAGAUGUUUGCCGUGCACUACCUGACACGCUGCACAAACAGUCAGCCAAUAUUCCCUUUUUUAGAUUCCUAUGCUGAAAAAUGUUUUAAUGUAUUACAUUUUCAUUGUGGGCCUACAUUAUACAGUAAACCUCGGAUAUAUGUAUCGGACUCGGAUAUAUCGGAAAUUCGCUCACAACGGACAGAUAAAAAAGAACCGAUUUUUCUGUAAUGCAUUUCCAAUAAAAAUUCAUUGCAUAUAUCGGAUUUUUUAUAACGGAUUUCGCCUAUUUCGGACAAAAUCUCCAGUCCCGUUCCAAUGCAUUUCCAUUAAAUUUCCCUCGCAUAUAUCGGAUGGCCGCAUCGUUAUGCUAAUCUUGUUGAUGUCACUGGCUAUUGUCUUUCUCCUGGCUCCAGAUUUAGGACAAAUAUAAAAGUGAGUGACGUCAAUAAUACUAGCACAGCAGUGAAUGAGAUCUUAACCUCACUAUUGGAAAUAACGUAGGCCUGACGGGCGUAACAGGGCCUAGCUUAAUUAACAAUUUGUUAUGCUCAGAGUCCAAUAAAGUUAAAUUCUCAUUACCUUACGUCUCUUUUCAUUGCCCAGUCCAGGUACAUUGGAAACAUAGUCAAGGAAGUGCCUUUUUAUACCGGAUAUAAAUCCGAUAUAUGCGUAAAACGGACAUUUUCUGGUAUACGCAUAUAACGGAUUUCGCUUAUAUCGGACAAAACCAGUGGGAACAAUUGAAUCCGAUAUAUCCGAGGUUUACUGUACGAUUAUCUCCCAGCUGUGCCUUUUAGAGAGCGUACCUGUAUAUAUGUUUCUAUGUAUCAAUGAUGCCACGUGUAUACUCAUUGGGAAGUGUCGUUUAGUAUUUCCAAUGUUUUAUUGUUAGAUUGAGUCAUGCAGCAGACAGAUUUUAUAAAUGUUAUUUUUCUAUUCUGGAUCAAAUGCAUUUUUCAACUCAGGCAUGUCAUCAAAGUCUUCAAGCUCUGUAACUAAUCGUGAUUUUUAAUGUCCAACAAGGCAAAGCUCAACGGGGUACCUUUUGAAGUGGGGGUGUCCAAACCUUUUUCCAGCGAGGGCCACAUAGUGGAAAAUGAAUGGAUGCUAGGCUCACUUUGAUAUCUUGUCAAAUUGUAUAUAUUUCAAAUAAAAUAGCCUUGGGCUGAAACAGCAUUAUUAUCAUUAGUCAUGAUAAUUCAUUAUUCAAAUAGUAAACCGUCUUAAGUUGUCUACUACUAAAAUGGUUAUUUUUCUUCUGAAUAUUACACAUUAACAC